AUGAUUAUUGAUGAAUGUCCAUUAACAUUUGAUGGAGAAGAUGGUCUUACUCAAGCAAAUCAUUCUGUUGAAUUUUGUGAAUAUGAAAAAGAUCGUCGAUUUCUACUAUAUGAUCAUUUUAUCAAAAAGCAUAAAUUAAAAGAAGUUUGUGCUCAACGUUUAAUACAAGCUGUUGCCGAUAAUCACGAUCCUAGAACAACAAAAUUAUUUGAUGAAAAUGAAAGCAUAAUUGAUUAUCUUUGGAAAGUUCCAUGUCCUUUUAUUUAUGGACGACUUGAUUUAAUGGAAUAUAGUCAGAAAUAUUUAAAAAAUAUACCAUGUUCAAAUUAUUCAAUUUGA